AUGACGCUGACAGGGCGCAACGCUCAGGCCGCGCACGCGCGGGACGAUGUAGCAGCUCAAGUGCCACUGCCACCACCGCCGUGCCCAAGCAUGAAUGUCGUAGUCGGCGCCGCUAACCCGCUACAGCAGUGCCACCGCCAUCCCUACAACAACCAACCCACGCAGCAGCAUCCGCAGCUCGGCACCACACCUUCUGCUGUGGCAACUGGCGGCCUUCUUGCCACUGAGCAGCAGCUACAAGCGCCGCAGCCGCAGCGACAACAACAUAGCAUAUUCGGUGGCCGCUUUACCCUUUUCGAUCGACUUGGCAGCGGCGGCUUUGGCGAUGUUUACCGCGCAGAGGAGCGUGACCAGCCGGCACCAGUCGCCAUCAAGGUGGAGCGAGUGACCGACUCAAACGCUCUUCCCGAGCAGUCGUUUCUCUUUCAUGAGGCAAAGGUGUUGCAGGAGAUACACAAGUCGAUUCAGGCUCAUGCCGCGACCCAGAAGCCGAGCCAGCUGAUGCGGCUGCAGCCGGAGCAGGGCCAGAAGGGAAGCGGCCAGUGCGCUGAAAACGAGGCCUCGACGGCAGCAGGUGAGGCGAGGCAGGAAAAAGUAGGAAUUGCGAAGUUGAAGUACUACGGCCAGGACGGCAUGAACCGCGUACUCAUCAUGUCCCUUCACGGCCACUCCGUCGCCAAUGUUCACCGGCAGCAAGAGCGCCUAUCGUUGUUUGCGACAGUGAUGAUCGUGGAUCAGGUUCUUAGCAGCCUCGAACACGUGCACCGCGCCGGGUAUGUGCAUGCGGACUUGAAGCCGGAGAAUAUUCUUUUCGGCCGCGAGGACCAGGAGCAGCUAUACUUGGUCGACUUCGGCCUGAGCGUCUGCUUCCGCGACCGCAAUGGCAAACAUCGUCCUCUCAUCAAGAACCACAGCUUCAUUGGUACCCCACGCUAUGCAUCGCUGCGGACGCACAUGGGCUACACCCUGUCUCGCCGCGAUGACAUCGAGCAGCUCGUGUAUGUCAUGAUUUAUCUCUUUCGCGGUCGCCUACCGUGGUCGGGUCUGCGCAUCCACGACCCGGAUGCGAAGGAGAAGCGCAUUGCGCAAAUGAAGGCGGAUAUGCCGCUUGACUUGAUCUGCGCCGGCUGCCCGGAGGCUUUCCGAGACGUGCUCAACUACGCGCGUUGCAUGGAGUUUGAGGAGGAGCCGCAGUACCAGUUCCUGCAUGUGCUUUUAUGCUCGCUGCGUGACUCAUGGGCUCUGGAGUUAAGCAGCAAGCCGAGUUGCGUGUCCGCGGACGGCACUGGUGGCGUGAUGCCACAGAUGCUGAUGUUGAAUGGCGACUGCUCUACUCACCAGCUUCCCAAGGGCCGAAACAGCGGAGACGGUAUUGCGGGUGAGGGUGCGGUGGAUGUGGCUGCAGCAGGGGUGGAACUUAUCAAGAACACGGGUAUUGUGUCUGGCGUUGUUGACCAGAUUGAUGGGAUUGCCGAGAUCCCAAUGAGGAUGUCGUCACGGGGUACUGGCGCGCCUGCCUUCUUCAGCGACGCCAUCGGCCAGGGUUUCCUGUCGGGUAACGGCACAGAUGCUGGACCGCUAUCGGCGCGCAUCGACUGUCUGAACGACCAGUCGUUCCCAACCCCACCACUGGAUUUGCAGCUGCUGUGUAGGUCGCCGCAACUGCGGCAGAUGUGGUAA